UCCUACCCUCCGGUACCCUUUUCUCCGGACCCCUCAUCACUCCCACGCUCCCUCCCCGCUUUUCUCACCAUCUUUCUCCUCACCAUCUUGCCUCCACGAGUUUAUCCGCGCUGUAUUUCUUCGAUAUACAGUUCUUUUUUCUUUUUUUUUUUUGUUCGAAAGCAAUUCGAAAAGAUUCGUUGCUUUUCGCUUUGGAUCGGUUUCGCUUCGGAUUCUUUUCCGUAGAAAAAAGGAAAAAACGUUUUUUUUCGGUGGUUGCAUGGUCCACGAGAAAUAUCAUCGGCAAGGAUAUAUCAUCGAUUGACGACGACGACGACGACGACGUCGACGUUCGUCGACGGUGGUGGUGCAGUGAAGGUGGUAAUGGUGGUGUAUCGAGGCAAGCCGAAAAAGGAAUCGGUUAAAAAGGUGGAGGGGGAGAGGGAGGGGAGGUGGAGGUGGAGGUGGAGGAGGAAAGGAAGCAGUAGACGAAGCGAAAACUAAAAGAAGAAGAGGACGAAGAAGAAGAAGAAGAAGAAGAGGAAGAGGAGAAGGAGGAGAAGGAGGAGGAGGAGGAGGAGAAGGAGGAGGAGGAGGAGGAGGAAGAAGAAGAAGAAGAAGAAGAGAAAGAAGCAGAUGAAGGUGAAUGGUGGGGCUGUCUUCUCUACUCCUUAGUACAUUUCUGGUGGGGGUAAGGCAACACUCAAAGUUCGUGGUGACGUAGUUCUGGCAGGAACGCGACGCGUUUUUGUCCCCGCCGGAAGGAAAUAGCAGCUUCCUAGAUUCUGAUCGCGUCUCAUCUUUGGUGUUUUUCAUCGAGGCGAACGUACGAGAGUACGAGAGGGGAAAAAAAGGAGACAGAUUCGAAUCACGAAAGGAUCUGGAAUAUAGGUUAGAAAAGGAAGCGAGAGAAGAAGAGAAAAGAAGAGGCGAGGCGAGGCGAGGCUAGAAGAGGAUUGGAAAAGAUAGGCGGAAGAGAAGUAGCGGGAUCGAGUGGAAGUAAACGAAACGAAAGAGGGAAGAAGCGGAGUGAAGGGGUGGUGGGGGAUAUCUAGUUAAAGAGACCGGAAGCGGAGGGUUUCUCUUCCGGGAAUUUCUCGAUCGUGAUAAGGACCAUUUGCGUGCCCAAAAGAUUACAUUCGCCGUCAGUCAAAGCAAACGAGAAAAUUUGAUUGUUUUUUCAUGGUUUCCCAGUGGCCCGGAAAGAGAUCAUGAGGAUUUCGCGCGGUCAAUAUUUGUAUCCGUUCGUGUAUCUCAAAGAGGCUCUUUCGCUUUGAUCGCGGUGUACUCUCGAAGAGCUGGAGAAGAAAGAAGCCGAGAAACAGACGGAGGAGGAAGAGGAAGAAGAGGGCUGCAACUUGGCCGAAGAAGAAGAAGAAAACGAUCGUGGUUCGGUGAAGUGUCGGCAGAAGCGAAGACCAGAUACGAGAAAGUAGUCGAGAGUGGACGGUCGAGGAGAUCGGGUGCUCGAUAAAGAAUUUCUCCUUCGAGAUCGGGGAAAAGGAUCGUCCGGAAUAAUUUUUUUCCAAGGAGCACGUGUGAGCCGAGAUCGCGCGUUACCGAGAUAUCGAUACGUCACGCGUAUCGCAAGUCACAAUCCAAUUUUUUCGCCGGUUUCGUAGGUCAGGAAUCUUAGUGGCGUUCAGCGGCACGGUUGUGAAAACGCAAGACGACAUUCCGACAUACCGCCACCAUUUUCCGACUGAUAUUCGCUCUCACGAGUCGAGAACGAUCGUCUUCCGAUCCGAUCCAGGGGACACAGACGGCCUUCAGAGAAGGGAAGCGAUCGGCAAUUGUCGAAGUUACACCACCGAGGGGCGGAGGGGAUGGAGAUGCGCCUCGUUCUCGUGGCGAUCUGCCUCCUUCUCGUUACCCCCAUCGCCGGCUCUUUCUGGACCGUUGGAAAUCAGGUGGUGAUGGAUCCGAUGCUUAUCUGCAAGAAGACUAGGAGGUUGAGGGGCAAGAUGGCGGACAUCUGUCGCAAAGAGCCUUCGCUGCUGAAGGAGAUCGCGAGAGGGGUACAGGUCGGGACCAAAGAAUGUCAGUACCAAUUUCGAAAUCGCAGAUGGAAUUGUACCACAAUCAGGAGAUCCCUCAGGAAGAUCUUGUUGCGCGAUACCAGGGAGACGGGUUUCGUGAACGCCAUCACCGCGGCCGGGGUAACAUACGCGGUCACCAGAGCCUGCACUAUGGGACAUCUCGUCGAAUGCUCUUGCGACAAGAUGACGUCCAAAGGUAAUAAGCUCGCCAAAUUGAGCCGCACCGUCGAAAUGGAGAAGAGUUUGCCGACCGAGGGUGACUGGGAGUGGGGAGGUUGCGGCGACAACGUGAAAUUCGGCUUCAAGAAGUCGCGAGACUUCAUGGACGCUCCUUAUCGAAAACGCAGCGACAUCAAGACUCUGGUCAAGCUGCACAACAAUAACGCCGGUCGUUUGGCCAUCAGAGAGUUUAUGAGCACGGAAUGCAAGUGUCACGGUCUCUCCGGAUCGUGCACGGUUCGAACCUGUUGGCGGAAAAUGCCACCGUUCCGGGACGUGGGGAACAGGCUGAAAGAGUCGUUCGACGGCGCGGCCAAGGUGAUACCGAGCAACGACGGGCACAGCUUCAUCACCGAGGGGCCGACCAUCAAGCCGCCGGACAGAUUCGAUCUGAUUUACAGCGAGGACUCGCCCGACUUCUGCAAGCCGAACAGAAAAACGGGCUCGCUGGGUACGCAGGGACGACGAUGCAACUCCACCAGUCAGGGAGUGGACGGAUGCGAGCUCCUCUGUUGCGGCAGGGGAUACGACACGAGGGUCGNCAAGGAGAAGAUCAGUUGCGAAUGUAGAUUCCGGUGGUGUUGCGAGGUCACUUGCAACACUUGUCUGGUCAAGAAAACCAUCAACACGUGCCGUUAAAUCGAAUCGAAUUUUCUCUACUUAUUAUAUAAUAAUAAUUACAUAGACACUUGUAAUAUACGC